AUAUUCCAUUAAGAGGAUGUCACACCCGAAAGUGUUGUCUGAUGUCUCCGUCUUACAAAUUGUACAUUUGACAACACAGAGAGGGUGUGACAUCCUCUUAAUGAUUACCUACCCAUAGUACCCAUGGUUUAAAUAUACAAGUCAUGAUAAUACCUAAAAUUCCUAAUGCGCGUUGUGCAUUGUGAAGUGUGCACUCUAUCGAGGUUACUUGAUAGUUUCUUGUUUUAUUUGUAUUUGCAUUUUAUUCAAUUACAUUUAUAAUUAUGGAUCUAAAAAAUACAACUAUAAAAGUGGGAAUAUUAACAAUUAGUGACACUAGAACACCGUCAAAAUCGAAUGUUGAUUCGUUCGACUCCAGUGGCCAAAAUUUAAUGAAAUUGAUCAAUGAUUAUAAAGUGAUUGAUUCGGCUAAAGUAGUUCAGUAUGAUUGUGUCACUGAUGAUAUUGAUAAAAUUCAGGCAAAAAUAACAGAAUGGUGUUCUGAAAGAAAAGUGGAUGUUUUGCUGACUACAGGUGGUACAGGUUUUAGUCCAAGAGAUGUAACUCCUGAAGCAACUCUUGGACUUGUUCAAAAAUUGACACCUGGUAUAAGUCAAGCAAUAAUGAAUGAAAGUUUAAAAAUCACUCCAAUGGCAAUGCUUUCACGAGCUGUGUCUGGAAUAUAUGAAAAAACUCUGAUUAUUAAUUUACCAGGUAGCAGUAAAGCAAGUAAAGAGUGUUUAUGUUUUGUUGCUAGUACCAUACCUCAUGCUGUUUCGUUAAUUAAAGAUGAAAAAGAAAUUUCAACACAAUUUCAUAAGCAAUUAGAUUGCACGACUAAUAACGAAUCAAGAAUUCCAGAAUGUGUGACAAAAAUAGCGUGUCGACACAGAGAAUCACAAUUCCCAAAAAUUUCCAUGAAAUCAGCUUUAAGUAUUUUAAAAGAACAUGCUGUCUUACAAUAUACGGAAAAUAAUAAAAUCAAGUACCCUACUGUUUGGAUUUUUUCUACUGGUGAUGAACUUGAAAGCAAUAAAGAUUCACAUGGUGGUUAUAUCAGAGACACUAAUUCAGUUAUGAUACAACAAAUAUUGGAACAAGACAAUUAUAAGGGACACAUAUUCAAUUAUGGAAUUAUAAGAGACAAUUGGAAUGAUCUUUGCAAACAUUUUGAAGAAGCUUUUAACAAUGCGGAUGUAAUAGUAACCAGUGGAGGUGUAUCGAUGGGAGAAAAAGAUUUGAUUAAACAUGUUCUCAAAGAACACUUUAAAAGUCAAAUUCAUUUUGGAAGAGUCAAUAUGAAACCUGGAAUGCCAACUACCUUUGUGACGCUUAUUUUUAAAGACAAAAAAAAAUAUAUAUUUUGUUUGCCUGGUAAUCCUGUGUCUGCUGGUGUAUGUACACAUUUAUUCUUAUUACCAUAUUUGAGAUCAGUUUCUGGAAAUAAAUUAAUCAUCCAUUCUUUAAAAGCAAAGCUAACACAUUCUAUCAAAGGAUUGGAUAUUAGACCAGAAUAUCGAAGAUCACUGCUAAAAUAUGAAAAUGGAGAACUUUACGUGUCUUGUUUAACCAACUAUCAACAAAGUAGCAGACUUUUGAGUUUUAUAGAUUCUAACUGUUUACUUCAAUUGCCUUCGUCGUCAAAACAAGCAAACGUUGAAUCAAGUACAAUUAUGGAUGUUAUACUAAUUAAAAGUAUAGAAAAUACAUAUGUUGCACCUAUAUUAAAAGAAAUGAACUUAUGUAUCGAGAUUAUCAAAAAAGAAGUCAUUACAGGCAAUACAAAAAUUGAACAACCACUUCUCUAUUCAUGUAUAGAUGAUGUACUGCAAUUAAUGACAGAAAAUAUAAUUGUAGCUAAAACUGAAAUUAUACCUACUAGUUCCGCUAUGGGUUAUGUUUCAUAUUCACCUAUUAAUUCUCCUGAAAAUUUACCACCGUUUCAAGCUUCUACAAAAGAUGGAUACGCUAUUAAGUAUGGAAAUUAUCGGUUUCAAAAGUCUAAUAUAUUUAAUGUCGUACAAGUGUCCGUGGCUGGUACAGUUCCCGGUUGUCAAAAAGAGAUAGAAGAAGGAGAAUGUGCACGUAUUAGUACUGGUGCACCUAUACCACCUGGAGCCAAUUGUGUAGUACAAGUUGAAGAUACAUCUGUUGAAACUAAAUCAUCUGAUGGAAAAGUUGAAAUUACUAUUGCUAUAUUAAAAGAACCUAAACUCUUUGAAAAUAUUAGCAGUAUUGGUUCUGAUAUAUCUAUAGGACAACGUCUUCUAGAUGAGAAAACUAUUCUUGGUCCCUUUGAAAUAGCUUUGCUACGCUCCGUUGGUUGUGAAGACGUGGAGGUGUAUGUAUGUCCAUCAAUACACAUUGUUCCAUGUAAUGAUAAUUCGGCCUAUGCAAUAUCUCACAAAUUAAAAAAUAUGUUGGAAGUGUCUGACUUUAAAGGAAAGAUAUUUAGUCACUCAUUACGUAAAAACUUAACCAAGUUUACUGAACAAUUUGAUUGUGUAUAUGAUGAUGGUAAUCCUAUUAUUAUAUUUUGUGGAAAUGUCAAUGAAUUUUGUACUGUUGAAUCACAUAUUCAUAUUAGUAACAAAACACGCAAGAUUUCACUUGGAUUUGGUAGAAUGUUUGUAGGAUGUGAGGAGAAAUCAGUAGUGUUUUUACACAUUAAUACCUGUGACUCAGAGUCUAUCUAUAACUGUGUACAUCUAUUUAUAUUGCCUUUUUUGAGAUUUAUUACUGGCAGAAAAAAAAUUAUUUCUACAAUAAAAACAAAAUGUAAUUUAAAUUCAGAUUAUUUACCACCAGACAAAUUUGAAAAAGCCGAACUUCAUUACGAAAACGGUGAUUUUGAGGUUACUUGUUUCACGAUGAACCAUCAAAGUUGUCUUGUGAAUAUGCCAUCUUCAUUGGAUCAAAUUAAUAUUAAGUUAAAAGGAGGAAAAAAAACCGAAUUAGAUGCAAUCGUUGCUGAGAAUUCUGAUUAUUAUUUUAUUCAUUACUAAUUUUUAUUUAAAAAUGUCAUCACUUGAAAUGUAUAAUUUACUUAUUGAAAUAGUUUUAAAUGACUGAUCUAUAUAUCUACUUAUAUAUCAUAUAUUUUGUUGUAAAUUAGAUCCUGAUAUUAUAAUACAUAAUACAUACUAUAAAAUGUCAAUUAUACAGCAUAAUAUGCAUAUUAUGCUAGAUUAUAAAUGUAUAUAUAUUUUUAAUGUGAAAUUAUGGAUGAGACUAAAUAUUGUUGGUUGUUGUGUUA